CGCCGGUCCAGGCAGAAGCUCGUCCCGCUCCUCCGCCCCGCGCCGCCCCAGUCAUGUCCCACCCGGAGCGAUGGGGAAGCUCGAGGACAACGAGAGGGUGAUCCUCAACGUGGGGGGCACGCGGCACGAGACCUACCGCAGCACCCUGAAGACCCUGCCGGGCACCCGCCUGGCCCUGCUCGCCGCCGAGUCGCAGGGCGAGUCUCCGGGCGCCGAGGAGCCGCCUCCGCCGCCCCCCAACGCGGCCCCGCCGGCGGGCGGCUGCCCCGAACCCGGCAGCGGCUGCAGCCCGCGGGGCGGCGGCGGGGCCAGCGAAUUCUUUUUCGACCGCCACCCGGGGGUCUUCGCCUAUGUGCUCAACUACUACCGCACCGGCAAGCUGCACUGCCCCGCCGACGUGUGCGGGCCGCUCUUCGAGGAGGAGCUGGCGUUCUGGGGCAUCGACGAGACCGACGUGGAGCCCUGCUGCUGGAUGACCUACCGGCAGCACCGCGACGCCGAGGAAGCGCUCGACAUCUUCGAGGCGCCCGAUCUGCUGACGGGCGAGCCGCCUCCCGACGGCGACGACGACGACAUGGCGGCCAAGCGGCUGGGCAUCGAGGACGUGGCGGCGGCCGCCGAGGGCAAGGGUGGGCGCUGGAGGCGGCUGCAGCCCCGCGUCUGGGCGCUCUUCGAGGACCCCUACUCCUCCCGGGCCGCCAGGUUCAUCGCCUUUGCCUCCUUAUUCUUCAUCCUAGUUUCAAUCACAACCUUUUGCCUGGAAACGCAUGAGGCUUUCAAUACUAUUAUAAAUAAAACUGAGCAUGUUGUCAAUGGAACAGAAACUGUACCACAGUAUGAAAUUGAGACAGAUCCAGCCCUAACGUAUGUGGAAGGAGUCUGCGUAGUAUGGUUUACAUUUGAAUUUUUAGUGCGUGUUAUUUUUUCUCCCAACAAACUUGAAUUUAUCAAAAACCUCUUGAACAUCAUCGACUUUGUGGCCAUCCUGCCCUUUUACUUAGAAGUGGGCCUGAGCGGGCUCUCCUCCAAAGCUGCUAAGGAUGUACUUGGUUUCCUCAGGGUAGUAAGGUUUGUGAGGAUCCUGCGAAUCUUCAAGCUCACACGGCACUUUGUGGGCCUCAGGGUGCUGGGCCACACUCUGAGAGCCAGCACCAAUGAAUUUUUGCUGCUGAUAAUAUUCUUGGCACUCGGUGUUUUGAUAUUUGCCACCAUGAUCUACUACGCAGAGCGUGUGGGAGCUCAGCCCAAUGAUCCAUCAGCAAGCGAGCACACGCAGUUCAAAAAUAUCCCUAUUGGCUUCUGGUGGGCUGUAGUCACCAUGACCACCCUGGGAUACGGGGACAUGUAUCCACGGACUUGGUCAGGUAUGCUGGUGGGAGCCCUGUGUGCGUUAGCAGGGGUGCUCACCAUAGCCAUGCCUGUGCCUGUGAUUGUUAACAACUUUGGGAUGUACUACUCCCUGGCCAUGGCAAAGCAGAAACUGCCGAGGAAGAGGAAGAAGCACAUCCCUCCGGCUCCACAAGCUAGCUCUCCCACCUUCUGCAAGACAGACUUGAACAUGGCCUGCAAUAGCACACAAGGGGACAUCUGCCUGGGCAAGGACAACCAGUUGAUGGAGCACAACAGAUCAUCAGUGUUAUCAGGUGAAGACAGUGCAGGAAGUGAGCAGCCACUCUCACCUGGUGAAAGGCUCCCUCCCAUCAGACGCUCUAGUACCAGAGACAAAAACAGAAGAGGGGGAACAUGUUUCCUACUGACAACAGGGGAUUACACGUGUGCUACUGAUGGAGGGAUCAGGAAAGGCUACGAAAAAUCUCGAAGCUUAAACAACAUAGCUGGCUUGACAGGCAAUGCUCUGCGACUGUCUCCAGUAACAUCACCCUACAGCUCACCUUGUCCUCUAAGGCGUUCUCGGUCUCCCAUCCCUUCUAUCUUGUAAACCAGAUGGCAUCAACCGGCUACAUAAUAUUAAUUCAAAUACUGUUUACCAAAUAUUGGACAUAAAUGUAGCUUAAUCCAUAGGCUCCAGAAAUAUGAUAUAACUCCUGCAUGAUAUAACUGUCAGUAGUUAUAGAAGUGCCACCUGGAUAGCUGAAGAAUUUUAUCUUGGCUUUUGAAGAUUAUCUAAGGUAGCGCUCCUUCUUUGAUCUACUAUAUUGUCCUACUUCCCUGUGGCAAUAAAAGGGCAGUUAGUGGAUGCCAUUGGACAGUAUAUACAAUAAAUAAGCAGUUUUUCAGGGAGAUUUACUUAAAAUAAUGUGCUUCCAACUAAUUAUCCGUCACUCCAUUGAACCUCCAUUUCUUGUGACUCUAAUCCAUUCUGAAGAUGUCUGGAAUUGUGUCUUGGUUGCACACAGUGUGACUUGGGUCUGCUCAUUUGCAUGGACCAUCCUGUCCCCAUCACCUGACAAGCCGUGUUGCCGAUCGCGGAGACCACAGAGGGCUCUGGAUGUGUGUUCUCGCAUUGUAACAUCCUGCUGAAAUGAAAGCACUGAUAAACUGGUCUGCAUGUGGGAUUGUUUUUCUUUGUUUAACCUUUUCCUUUAGUUUUUAAUGACCUACUUGUUUAUAAAUUGUUUUAUUUUGUGAUUAACUUACUUGGUACUGGAUUACUGUAUCAGAGUUCUGAAUGUCUCCGGUUGUUUGCACACAGAUAACUGCAAAGAGGUUGUCAUUACUGGUUACACGCAAGCAGAAGCCAGAUCUCUUUCUUAAUGGCUUG